GCGACUCUCUCUACUUUUCUACUUGCACAUUCACUAUUGUUUUAAAAUGGUCCUCCCGGCGACGAGCACAAACAACGUCAAAGUAUACACGGUCUCGGGCAGCAACCUUUCGCGGAAGAUCCCCGAGUGGUUGGCGCGGCGCAAGCGGCGUGAGCUGCAAAAGGACAUCGAGUGGACGACACGGAUCGAGCUGAUCCAGGAUUUUGGGUUUCCCGAGGCCUCGAUGCGCAUAAAAACGACCAAAGACGGUGAAUUCUGUAUGGCGACGGGCGUGUACAAACCACAGAUCCGCGUGUACGAGUUUGCGCACAUGUCAAUGAAGUUUGACCGGCACACGGACAACGAGAACAUUAACUUUCUGCUGCUCGGCGACGACUGGACAAAAUCAGUGCACCUUCCAGAGCGACAGUUUGGCCGUGACCUGGCCUACCACUCGCCGUCGUGCGAUGUGCUUGUGGGGGGCGCGUCAAGCGAGGUGUACAGAGUGAAUGUCGACCAGGGAAGGUUCCUGAAUCCAUUCCAGACGCAGAGCUCGUCAGGCAUCAAUGUGGUCAGGGUGAACCCAGCGCACCAGCUGUUUGGGUUCGGCACACAGGACGGGUCGGUCGAGUUCUGGGACCCGCGCGCGCGCAACCGCAUUGGUGUGCUGGAGCCAACGAUCGCGAACGUGAUCCAGCCAAUUGAUGGGACGCGCAGCGGCGUCGAGAUCUCGGCGCUCGAGUUCCGCGACGACGGGCUGGGCGCGGCAGUGGGCACCUCGUCUGGCCACGUCCUUCUCUACGACCUGCGGCAGACGCGGCCGUGGCAGAUCAAGGACCAGCAGUAUGGGUUGCCAAUCAAGACGCUGAAAUGGCUAGAGCCGAUCCUGAGCGCCGACUCCAAGAUCAUCAAGCUGUGGUCGGUGGAGUCGGGCAAGCCGUUUACGUCGAUUGAGCCGCCAAACGACAUCAACGAUGUGUGUGUUGUGCCCAACAGCGGGCUGAUGUUUGUGGCCAACGAGGGCAUGGAGAUCCAGAGCUACUUUGUGCCGCAGUUGGGCCCGGCCCCGCGCUGGGCGCACUUCCUUGAGAACCUGACUGAGGAGAUGGAGGAGACGCCGCAAAAGACCGUCUACGAUGACUACAAGUUUGUUGUGCGCAAGGAGCUCGAUGCCCUGGGCCUGUCGCAUCUUGUCGGCACGCCUGUGCUGAAGCCGUACAUGCACGGGUUCUUUGUUGAUCUCAGGCUCUACGAGCGUGCCAAGGCCAUUGCCAAUCCGUUCGCGUACGAGGAGUACCGGCUGCGUCGCGUCCAGGAGAAGCUGGCCGAGGCCCGCUCCAGCCGCAUCCGCGCCACCACGAAGCUCCCCAAGGUCAACCGUGCCCUUGCUCAGCGUAGCAAGCAGCGCAAGAGGGCCAAGGCCAAGGCUGCUUCCGCCAGCGCUGUUCUCGAAGACAGCCGGUUCACGGACAUGUUUGCCAACCCCGACUUCGAGGUUGACGAGGACGAAGAAGAGUUCAAGCAGCUGCACUCGCGGCUGCCCAAGAAGGCCCGCAAAAGCCAAGCAGCAGCCGUUGCUGAUGACUCGAGCGACGACGACAAGGCGGUGGAGAUCCGCCAGGGCGCCAUGUCGCACAGUAUAGACGACGAAAACUCGGACGACGAUCUGCAUGGGACGAAAAAAGUGGAGCAUCAACGACCUGCAUCCAAUGGAGCGUAUAGAAAAGAUCAUGGAGAACGGGCAGCUCAAGACGAAGCCACGGAUAGCCCCGCCACCAUUGACCCUGGAUCGCCUCAAGGCUGGCGUCUUCGCGUUCAAGAAGCACCCGGAGAAGCAGAAUCUUCUCGAGGCAAUGAUCAGAGAGUCUUUUGGCAACUGGGACGUCCUCAAUGUGUCGUUUCCGAAUGGCAGUGA